CCGCAGCGGGCAGAGCGGGCGGAAGGACCCCGCAGCCGGCUGCCACGGUGUCUCCGAGCUGAGCCGCCGCCGCGGGCAGAACGUCGCGGGACCCCGACAGCGCGCCCGCCGCCCUCGUCGCCGCCCGCCGGGUCCCCUCGCUCGCCGGAGCCGCUGCGCCGCCCGCGCCGCCCCGAAGCCACCGGGCGGGGCCCGCCUCGGCCUCUGCUCGUCCUCCCCGCCCCGCACCGGCCUUCACUCUGGAGCGGCCCCGGCAGCCGCAGCAGGGGCGGCGGCGGCGGAUCGAGGAGCUCUCCAGGUCGUCCCGGGAGCGGCUGCUGCAGUCCCGGGACAGGAUGUUCUCCAAGUUCACCUCCAUCCUGCAGCACGCCGUGGAGGCGCUUGCACCUUCUCUUCCUCUACAAGAAGAUUUUGUUUACCACUGGAAAGCAAUCACUCACUACUACAUAGAGACUUCAGAUGAUAAAGCCCCAGUGACAGACACAAAUAUUCCAUCUCAUCUGGAACAGAUGUUAGAUAUAUUGGUACAAGAAGAAAAUGAACGGGAAUCUGGAGAGACGGGACCGUGUAUGGAGUAUUUGCUUCAUCACAAGAUCUUGGAAACAUUAUAUACCUUGGGGAAAGCUGAUUGCCCUCCAGGAAUGAAACAACAGGUCUUGGCGUUCUAUACUAAGCUUCUGGGAAGAAUCCGGCAGCCCCUACUUCCACACAUUAACGUUCACAGGCCAGUGCAGAAAUUAAUUCGGCUUUGUGGUGAAGUCCUUGCAACGCCAACGGAAAAUGAAGAAAUUCAGUUUCUCUGUAUUGUGUGUGCAAAGCUGAAACAGGAUCCCUACCUGGUUAAUUUUUUUCUAGAGAAUAAGUUGAAAUCCUUGGCUUCCAAAGGCACACCAAGUGUAAUUCCAGAAGACAUAUUAAAAGGUCAAGAUUCCUUGUCAACAGAGACAGGGCAGUCCUGUCAGCUGGAGGAGCUGUCUGAUGCUACUGGAACAGAGCAAACAGUUUCAGAAAAUGAACCUCUUCACCACACGGAUGAUGUGUCCACUAGCUUGGAUAAUCUCAGUAUCACUCCACUGCCAGAGGCCUCAGUCGUCCGUCCAAACCAGGAUUACAAUUUAGUGAAUUCUUUGCUAAAUCUCACUCGGAGUCCUGAUGGCCGGAUAGCAGUGAAAGCCUGCGAGGGCCUGAUGCUGUUGGCAAGUUUGCCGGAGCCCGCGGCUGCCAGGUGCCUCACACAGAGCACUUGUCUGUGCCAACUAUUGACAGACAGACUUGCCUCUCUGUACAGGGCCCUGCCUCCGUCAGUGGACCCCUUAGACAUUGAAACAGUGGAAGCCAUUAACUGGGGUCUGGACUCAUAUAGUCAUAAGGAAGAUGCUUCUGCGUUUCCAGGAAAACGAGCCUUAAUUUCAUUUCUCUCCUGGUUUGAUUACUGUGAUCAACUCAUCAAGGAAGCACAAAAGACCACUGCUGUUGCUCUUGCCAAAGCGGUUCAUGAAAGAUUUUUUAUUGGCGUCAUGGAGCCCCAGUUAAUGCAAACUUCCGAGAUAGGUAUCCUGACAGCGACAGCGCUGCUGCAUCGCAUCGUUCGGCAAGUGACCUCUGGCGUCUUGCUGCAAGAAAUGGUGUAUUUUAUCCUUGGAGAGCAGAGGGAGCCAGAAACUUUGGCCGAAGCAGGCAGACAUCCUUUAAGGCAGAGGUUAAUCGAGCAUUGUGACCACAUAUCUGAUGAGAUCAGCAUAAUGACAUUAAGGAUGUUUGAACAUCUUUUACAAAAACCCAACGAGCACAUCCUUUACAACUUGGUCCUAAGAAACCUUGGCGAAAGAAACUAUACAGAAUAUAAACCCGUGUGCCCAGAAGAUAAAGAUGUGGUGGAGAACGGAUUGAUAGCAGGAGCAGUAGAUCUGGAAGAAGAUCCACUGUUUACUGACAUCUCACCAGAUAACACUUUACCCAACCAAGAAUGGCUGAGUUCUUCACCUCCCACUACGCCAGAGCACCCCAAAAGUGAUGGAAAAACCGAAGUCCACAAAAUCGUAAAUAGUUUUCUCUGUCUGGUACCUGAUGAAGCAAAGUCAUCCUACCAUGUGGAGGGCACUGGAUACGACACCUACCUCCGAGAUGCUCACAGGCAGUUCCGGGAUUACUGCGCUAUCUGCUUAAGAUGGGAGUGGCCUGGGUCGCCAAAAGCAUUGGAAAAGUGCAAUCUAGAAGCAGCUUUCUUUGAAGGUCAUUUUUUGAAGGUUUUAUUUGACAGAAUGGGAAGAAUUCUGGAUCAGCCAUACGAUGUAAAUUUGCAAGUAACCUCGGUGUUGUCUAGACUGUCUCUCUUCCCUCAUCCACACAUCCACGAGUACCUUUUGGAUCCGUAUGUGAACCUGGCUUCUGGCUGCCGGUCUCUCUUCUCUGUAAUUGUCAGGGUGGUUGGAGACCUCAUGGUUCGCAUCCAGCGCAUUCAAGACUUUACCCCUAAACUUCUGCUAGUCAGAAAGCGAUUACUUGGUUUGGAACCUGAAGGUCCUCUUAUUGACCACAUCACACUGCUCGAGGGGGUGAUCGUUUUAGAAGAGUUCUGUAAGGAGCUGGCUGCAAUUGCAUUUGUGAAAUUCCAUGCUUCCUCCACACCUUAUUGACACCUGGAGGAGCAGACUGUCACAAGUUUCCAGUCAGACAGAAAGGAGCUGCUGCUGCCCCUUCUAAGGUGUUUCAAUGUAGCGCAUUUGCAUAUAUACACCGUGCAGCACGUGCAUAAAAGCAGCACGUGCAUAGAAGCUGCUUUUUAGCCCCUACAAAUUUUGUUAUUUCAGUUUCCUGAUUGACUUUAUAUACACUUUUUGCUAUUUAUUAAAAGAAAAUAUCAAAAGGAUAGGACUAUUAGUAAUUCUAGAAUGCUUACCACUGAUCAAACAACAACACCUAAUGCAAUUCUUUCAGUGCUCGGUCUAAGAAACUUUAUUGUAUAAAACAAUGAAGAGCAACAAAACAGGAAAUAGUUAUUUUAUGUAUUUUCUUUAAAUGGUUUUUCAUGAUUGGAAACAUUCAGUUGACCGUUAUGCUGAUCAGUUUGUUUAAGGAACAUGGCAAAGUCUCCAUCUUUAGACAUGAUAUGACUGUUUUUAAAACAGCAUUGAGAGAUAUGAGAUAUUUUUGAUGUUUUCCUGAUGUUCGGUAGAUAUACUAGCAAUGAUGUGACCUCUCAAACCAAAUACUGUUUUAUCUUUGAUUUAUAUACAGUGGGACCUUUUAGUUAAUCCAUGAAGCCAAGCUCAGAUAAGCUUUAAUUUUGUGUAUAUACAUAAUUGUAAUUAUUUUCCUAAGUUAUUGUAAGGACUUUGGUUUGUAAUCAGUUAAAGCCUAAGGUAUAAUUUCUCUUCUGAGUCUCCCCUCUCACCCCCCAUGUUUAGUUCAGACCUAGAACCAGCACAAGUUCUCACAGUGAGUUGCAUUUGUCAAGGAAAUAGUACACAAUGUCACUAGUCUGUCUCUGGCUGAGUUUUGGAAGGUGAAUAUUUCUGUUAUUCAAUACUUGCAAAGCCAGUGGCUAACAUGCUCAGUUUGUUGGGUGGGAUGUACCACCUUAUCAGUCGUCAUAGCAAAUUCCAAAGUGAAUUUUAGCCUUGCUUUCACAUUAGUAGAAAUAGGUGAUACUUUUUAUUUAACAUUUUCUCUAACAUUAUAUUGGUAGUUUUUGAAUUUAUUUUUAGUAAUGAGCCACACACUCUUUACGUGAUAGAUCUCAUAUUUGUCUUUAGUCAAUUAUUUGUAAUAGUCACAUUUGAAGCGAUGUAAUGUUCUCAUAAUGUAUCUGUGCAAUAUGGGAGCUAUGGAUGGGUUCAUAGCUUUUUGGUUUAAUUGUAUAUUAUUUUGUAUGUACAUGUGUAUAUAUGUAUAUAUAGAUAUCUAUAUAUAAGGACCAACAUCCUUAGCUUGCUUACACUAUUGCUAGUGUAAAGAUUGUUACACCUAAUUUUCCAGGGCACCAAUUACGGAAUUACUUCAUAAUUCAUGGUAACAUUUCCAUAAGUUAUUGCAUUGAAGCACAUCUGCCAUUUAAUUAUGAAGUCCAUAUAUAUCGACAGAAGUUACAGGGAAACACCAAAGCCACAGGUCACAUGGUAAUUGCAUUUUGGGUUGCACAGCUAAUCAGAAUAUGCAUGUCAUUGUGACACUUAAUGUGUUGAAACAUGAUAGAUAAUCAUAUUUCUGGGCCCUGUAAAAUAGUGUUACUGUAAUACUGUUUUGCCUCCUGCCUUGUUUACAUUAAACAAAGGAAAUUUGGUAAAGUUUUUAUUGGAGCUUUUUGUAGGUUACUGACAGUGUUAUUAAGGCCUGGAAUUCUUGAACCAUCUGGGAGAAACUCUUCAAAUGGCCAUUGUGUACCUACCCUCUCUUCAAAGGAGGUUGUGAUCAAGUUCAAUUCUUUGUGCUAACAGUGCAUGCAGGAAUAAGAGGGAUCAUCUAAAAAUAAAUAACGUAAUUUUAAAAAGUUA